AUGGAUCCCACACAUUCCGAGUGCCCUGUCUGUCAUAAAGGAAUAGCCAAGCGCAACCUUGUUUCUCACAUGAAAGAUAUACACGAUAUUUCUCCGACGACAGCUAAAGGAAUGUUAGCGCAGAGGGAAAAGACUGAAUUGGAGUCCCAAGGGAAGCAGGAGAAACUCAGUGAACACUGUGGGCUAGAACAUUCUGAAGAAGGAGCUCUUGGAAGAAUGCAAGACAAUACAGUAAACAAACUUUCUUUCCCGAAUCCGGAGGAAUACAAGGCACAUUUUUCUCGCACGGAUGUUCCAACUGAUUACCGUACGGAUAUGAGAAGCGUACUCGACCAGUGUGUGCGCAUAUUACAGGCUAUGCGCGAUGUCUGUCAGUUGAAUGGCUGGCUAUCAACAGCACUACGAAUAACAAUACUUCAACAGAUGUGUCACACAGGACGAUGGCAUGACGAUCAUCCUUUGUUGUGCUUGCCACACUUGAAGAUCCACGACGCGGAGAGAAUUGUGGACCGUUCCACCAUACCACUCUUACAACAUCAGUUUGGUGUGGAAAAUGCACAAGGAACAGAUGAUGUAGAAAAACGGGCUAAGAAUACACUGUUUGAAAACACAACGUUGGAGGAAACGGAGAUCAAGGAGGUUGUUCGAGCUCUAUGUCGAUGGCCCAUCCUUACCAUAAGUGGACUCCGUUUGUCAAGAAAUGCGAAAGAGCUUCGAAUCGAUGAUGAGGACAGGUUGCAGUUAGAGCGCAAUACCUCUUAUAAGUUGCAGUUUCACAUAGAUAUGCUUGGACCAGGUCGGGUUAGUGAUGCUACUCAUAUUCUCUUUAAUACUGACAAUGAGAAACUUUCAAAAUUUCCGAUCGCAUAA